UUAUACCCCUGUUGUACCCUUCUCCUCGUCGCCUCUUCCCCGACUCCAUACGAGGGCUCCUCCCGUUGAAUACCUAGCGUGAAACCCUCGUCUUCUCCGCCUAAAAACCCUAAUCCGUGGAGAAGCUGCGAACAUCCUCCACUCCUCUCGCUAGGUGGAUGGCGACUCAAGCGGUUCGUGAGUGGCUCGGGAUUCAGCAGUUCCCAGUUGCGACGCAGAACAAAUUGCAUGAAUACCUCGGGAAAUUGAAACAGGAGAAUGUUAAUACCUUGACGAUUCUCGUGAUGGGAAAAGGCGGCGUGGGGAAGUCGUCGACGGUGAACUCCAUCAUAGGCGAGCGCGUCGCCGCAGUUAGUGCCUUCCAGUCGGAAGUAUUGAGACCCGUGAUAUGCUCCCGUUCGCGAGCGGAAUUCACUUUGAACAUUAUUGAUACCCCUGGGAUUGUUGAAGGUGGAUAUGUCAAUGAACAAGCACUUGAAGUCAUAAAGAGGUCUCUGUUGGACAAGACUAUUGAUAUUCUUCUAUAUGUGGACCGUUUAGAUGCAUAUAGGGUGGAUACGUUGGAUAGACAAGUCAUAAAAGCGAUCACUGACACAUUUGGUAAAGGAAUAUGGCAGAGAGGCUUAAUCGUCUUAACUCAUGCUCAACUGUCGCCACCAGAUGGAUUAAGUUAUGAGGACUUCUUUGCCAAACGAUCAGAAGCACUUCUAAAGUAUAUCCGUUUGGGUGCUCGGAUUAAGAAACAAGAAUUCCAGGAGAAUUCUAUUCCUGUGGUACUAGUUGAGAACAGCGGUCGAUGCAAGACAGAUGACAACGGGGAAAAGGUUCUUCCCAACGGUAUUGCAUGGCUUCCGAAUUUGGUCAAAACAAUUACAGAUGUUAUCAUGAAUGGUGGCAAGUCUAUACUAGUUGACCAGAAAUUGAUUGAUGGUCCCAAUCCGAAUGAUAGGGGAAAGUUCUUCAUACCUCUUAUCCUGGCUUUUCAGUAUUUCUUCGUUGUGAAGAGGAUACAGGGUGCUAUAAAGCGGGAUAUCGCGAAAGAGAGCAAGCCACUCUGGGAGCUUCGUGAUAUGGGAUUGGCAAACCGGCAGUUCUAAUUGUUCAAUUUUGUUUGCUUAGGCCUCUCAAUUUUCAUUUCAGUUUGAUUUGUUUACUCCUUUUACCCACUUUUUGUGAUAUCUCAUGUUCUCUUGCUCUUUUUUCGUAAUAAGUUAGCCUAUAUCAGUUAAAGAUUGACUAUGUAGCUAAUGAACUUCUGAGAAUCUACCGGAAAUUGUUUUUCAUUUAGGAAUCUGCUUAUAGAAGUGAUGCUAAACAUGGUAUUUAUGUACUAACGCAACAUGCGAGGGAAGGUCAUUUUCCUUUUUUCUGAAA